AUGGAGAACUCUUUCCUAAGUUCCAAACUUGUGUUUCUAUUGGCAAUUGCUUUGGUCCUAUUUCUGAACACAGAGCUGAGUUUUCUUACAGCUGAAGGAGCCUCAGAUAGUAACAGCAAGGUUUAUAUAGUGUAUCUUGGCCAAAGGGAACACGAUGAUCCUGAACUUCUCACCGCUUCUCAUCAUCAAAUGCUUGAAUCACUUCUUCAAAGCAAAGAAGACGCACAUAACUCCAUGAUCUACAGCUACCAGCAUGGAUUCUCUGGUUUCGCGGCGCUUCUUACAUCUUCACAAGCAAAGAAAAUCUCAGAACAUCCAGAAGUAAUCCAUGUUAUACCAAACCGGAUUCUGAAACUGAAAACCACAAGAAUUUGGGAUCAUCUUGGCCUCUCUCCAAUUCCAACUUCUUUUUCUUCAUCAUCAUCUGCAAAAGCGAAAGGUCUACUUCAUAACACCAGCAUGGGCAGUGAAGCUAUCAUCGGCGUCGUUGAUUCAGGGAUAUGGCCAGAGUCAAAGGUCUUCAACGAUCAAGGUCUUGGACCAAUACCUAAGCGUUGGAGAGGAAAAUGUAGAUCAGGAGAAAAGUUUAACGCCACAAUGCAUUGCAACAAAAAGCUUAUAGGAGCUAAGUACUAUCAAAGCGGUCUACUCGCCAUGAAUGGAGGAAAAUUUAACAGAAUAAUCAUCCGUGAUUUCAAAUCCAACAGAGAUGCAACCGGUCACGGCACGCAUACAGCCACAAUAGCCGGUGGCUCAUUUGUUCCCAACGCAAGCUUUUAUGGUCUAGCACGAGGUACGGUCCGAGGUGGAGCCCCUCGGGCCCGCAUAGCCUCGUACAAGGCAUGUUGGAAUGUAGUGGGAUGGGGCGGUAUAUGCUCAUCUGCUGAUAUGUGGAAGGCUUAUGAUGAUGCUAUACAUGAUCAGGUAGAUGUUUUGUCGGUUUCUAUUGGGGCGAGUAUUCCCGAGGAUUCCGAGAGGGUCGACUUUAUCGCGGCUUUUCAUGCGGUGGCUAAAGGGAUUACAGUUGUAGCUGCGGCGGGAAAUGAUGGGUCUGGUGCUCAGACUAUUUGCAAUGUUGCUCCAUGGCUCUUGACUGUUGCUGCAACUACUCUUGACCGGUCUUUUCCUACAAAGAUCACACUUGGGAAUAACCAAACUUUCUUCGGGAAAACAAUUCUUGAAUUCGAUAGUACUCAUCCUUCUUCAAUUGCAGGGAGAGGUGUAGUAGCAGUCAUCUUAGCCAAAAAGCCUGAUGAUCGUCCUGCCCCAGACAAUUCUUACAUUUUCACAGAUUAUGAGAUUGGAACUCACAUUUUACAAUACAUACGUACUACCAGAUCUCCCACUGUGAGAAUUAGUGCGGCCACAACACUAACCGGCCAGCCUGCAACGCCUAAGGUUGCUGCAUUCUCAUCUAGAGGGCCUAACUCGGUUUCACCAGCCAUUCUCAAGCCUGAUAUAGCAGCACCGGGUGUUAGCAUACUCGCGGCAGUGAGUCCGCUUGAUCCUGGUGCGUUCAACGGAUUUAAACUUCAUUCAGGGACAUCGAUGUCGACUCCUGUUGUUUCUGGAAUCAUAGUUCUCCUAAAAUCUCUACACCCUAAGUGGUCUCCUGCUGCAAUGAGAUCAGCUUUGGUCACAACAGCUUGGAGAACAAGUCCAUCUGGAGAACCCAUUUUUGCUCAAGGAUCAAACAAGAAGCUUGCAGAUCCAUUUGACUAUGGAGGAGGACUUGUAAACCCUGAAAAAGCUGCUAAACCAGGACUUGUCUACGAUAUGGGGAUCAAAGAUUACAUCAAUUAUAUGUGUUCUGCGGGUUACAACGACUCCUCAAUCUCUCGUGUGCUCGGUAAAAAGACUAAAUGCCCAAUUCCUAAGCCAUCAAUGCUUGAUAUCAACUUACCUUCAAUCACAAUUCCAAAUCUUGAGAAAGAAGUCACACUCACAAGAACUGUAACCAAUGUUGGACCCAUCAAGUCAGUCUAUAGAGCCGUGAUCGAGUCUCCUCUGGGUAUAACUCUCACCGUGAACCCGACCAUACUCGUGUUUAAGUCUGCAGCAAAGAGAGUACUCACUUUCUCGGUUAAGGCUAAAACGAGUCAUAAAGUCAACAGUGGCUACUUCUUUGGAAGCUUAACAUGGACUGAUGGUGUUCAUGAUGUUACAAUCCCUGUCUCAGUGAAGACAACGAUUUCGAUGUAA